AUGACCGUCUUGGACGCCUUCUCUACUAGCCUUUCUGACAUUGACAUGGUUUGUGUGGAGAUCUUUCCAGAAAAAGUCAACAUCAGAAAAUCUUCAAAGUUCAAGAAAGCAGUCCAAAAUAUAUUUGCAGAACAUAUAAGAACAGAACAAGUGUGGCGAUGUGCCGAUGUGUCCAUCCCCUGCCCCUUCGGCAUCGGCACUGGUUGUGCUGCCGCCAGCCUGAGUAGCUAUUUCAUCAUCACCUGCAACAACACCUUCCAGCCACCACGACCUAUGAUUAGUGGUGGCGUUCCAAAAACCAAAGAGGUCAUCGACAUCUCCCUGGAGCGUGGUGAGAUGUGCAUGUAUGGUCCCGUCAGCUACAGCUGCUUCACACCGAACAGCACCAUGUCAGGCAACACAACAAGUGAGUUCAGCCUGGAGGGCACGCCGUUCAUCCUAUCAACCACCCGGAACCGAUUCGUGGCCAUCGGCUGCAACACUGUACGCCUCAUAGGCGGGUCUAUGCACGGCGACACCGACCCGUACGUGACCGGCUGCUACUCCUACUGCCAUGGCCUUAACAGCACAUCUGAUGGUGCCCCAUGCAUUGGAAUGGGAUGCUGCGAGAUCACCAUAGGCUCAAAUGUCCAAGGCAAAAUCGAGCUAUAA